AUGCUCGCCAGACUUGCUGUUCGCCGUGUCCCCAGAGUUGCCGUCGCCUCCGUGCGGUUCUCCUCGAGCUUGAAGGAGGGCUCGGUCGCCCAAUCCAGGGAAUUUAGCAAAAAAGAGAAGGCCCAUGAAGACCAAUAUAUUCGUCAACACGAGCAGCAGCUAUUGCAGAAGCUGAGAGACAACAUUGAGGCCAAGAAGGCCGAACUGGCCGCUCUUGAGAAAGAGCACCAGGAGGAGCUUGCCAAGGCGAAGUCCGAGUAA